AUGAAGACGAGCCGCCGCGGCCGGGCGCUUGUGGCCGUGGCCCUGAACCUGCUGGCGCUGCUGGCCGCCACCACCGCCUUCCUCACCACGCACUGGUGCCAGGGCGCGCGGCGGGUGCCCAGGCCGGGCUGCGGCCAGGACGGGCGCGCCGGCUGCCCCGACGCGGGCGCCAACGCCACGGCCAACGCCACCGCCGCCCCCGCCGCCCCGGCCAGCGGCGCCCCCGGCGGCGAGCGCUACAGCUGGGAGGCGGGCGACGAGCGCUUCCUGCUCCGGCGCUUCCACACCGGCAUCUGGUACUCGUGCGAGGAGCGGCCCGGCGGGCGCGGUGAGACGUGCCGCAGCUUCAUCGAUCUGGCCCCAGCCUCGGAGAAAGGCGUCCUGUGGCUGUCGGUGGUGUCCGAGGUGCUCUACAUCCUCCUGCUGGUGGUCGGCUUCAGCCUCAUGUGCCUCGAGCUCUUCCACUCCAGCAGCGUCAUCGACGGGCUCAAGCUCAACGCCUUCGCGGCCGUCUUCACCGUGCUCUCAGGCCUCCUGGGAAUGGUCGCCCACAUGAUGUACACCCAGGUGUUCCAGGUCACCGUGAGCCUCGGCCCCGAAGACUGGAGGCCCCACUCCUGGGACUACGGGUGGUCCUUCUGCCUGGCGUGGGGCUCCUUCACCUGCUGCAUGGCCGCCUCCGUGACCACGCUCAACUCCUACACCAAGACUGUCAUCGAGUUCCGCCACAAGCGCAAGGUGUUUGAGCAGGGCUACCGGGAGGAGCCGACCUUCACCGAGCCCGAGGCCAUCAAGUACUUCCGGGAGAGGUUCGAUAAGCGGGACCCGCACCAGGAGGAGGGCUUUCGCUUGGACUGUCGCCACGAGAGAUACGAGCGAUACCCAGCCCGACACCAGCCACACGUGGGCGACUCCUGGCCGCGGAGCUCUGCCCACGAGGCCGCGGAGCUGAGCCGCCAGUGCUGGGUCCUGGGGCACUGGGUGUGA